AUAUCAGACCGUCUCGUGUUCUACUCGGUGGAGUAAUUGAACCGCAGAAUCGAGAGAAGCUCAUAUCUCCCCCGCUACACGGCCGGCCGGUCGCGAGUAAUGAUAGUAGAUUUGUGUUCUGCCCGCGCGUAGCAGCAUCCCGAGCUGCUGACUGAGAAGAGGGAAUCCUCCCAGUUUCGGGAGGAAUCUUUCGUUCGAGUACUUAGCUAGCGAAGACGACGGUUGAACUAAGUAAACGCGAAAUCUCUCGUCGGGGGCGCGCUCCCGGUCAUCAUCAUCAUCGUACACUUGGGAGGACGGACGGACAGAGGGACGGAAUGGGGCGUCCCUCGUUGCUCAACAAUAACAAUCAAUUUAUCAAGAGUCUAGUGUCGUCGCGAGAUCGCGCAAGGGAAGUUCGUUGCAAGUUUCGCGAAUCCUGUCGAAAGGCCCUUUCGGUCCAGCAAGCCAGUGCGGUGUCGAUUGUUGGACGAUUCUGAACGCAAUUCGGUGAUUGUGGCUUUCGAAGACUCAGCUGAAGAAGUGAUAAAAUUCGUACAAGGCAAUUAGCUCGCGAUAUCAUUGGAUGGAACGGGGAUCCAAUUAGCGAUCGUUGAAAAGUGUGCGAAUCUUCAAUUGAGACAAUUGGCGCAUCGUUUAUCGGGGACUUGAGUGUGAUCAGAGCUUGCGGUCUUCGGAAGUAGGCGUUGGAAUCGCUGUUGCACUGAUUGAGUGCAAGCAAAGUGCAUUGAUCGCGUCAUUGUAAUGUGCGAACAAAAAUAAUACGAAAUUUCGAGAGUAAACAUCCAUUGAUACGGUCGGAGAGAUAUGGAAUUGAAGAUCGCGAAGAAUGAACCCAAGAAACGUUCGCAAGAUAAAGCGAGUGGUGGCUGUGAGUUGGGCAUUGACGAAAGAACAGGUCGUUUGCAGUGGUGCCCUGGCUAUCGUUUCGCGAAGAUGUUGUUUGUGAUACCGGCCGCUAUGCUGCCGUUGGCGCUGCUGUUCCUCGUGCUCACUCGGCUGCACGUGGUUGGAUCAGUCAAUCAUUCCACGCUGAAGCGUCAUAAUCAGCAGCAGCAGGAACGCGAGUUCAAUUACUACUCGGACCAGUCGAACAAGCUGGACGAACUGCAGCUAACGCAGUGCAAGACAGUGCGAAGCUCAUUAUCGGAGGUGUUGGAGGCCGAAGAGCGUGAUAUUUUAAAAGAUGUGAGAACUUCGUUCGUACCGAGCAGUUCGGUGAUUCACUGCGCUCCAGAUGAUCGGUAUGAUGAUCUGCACUCGAUACCGGACGAUGUCGGUAGGUCAGAUAUUGUCAACUUCUUCCGAGCGAAAAGGUUUUCCAAUCGGCAAAGAAAAGCCAAGAAAUCCGUUCUGCAGAAAAUCGCUUGGAGCAACGACGGAAGCGCAGAGAGCAUAAGGUCAGCACAGGUUGAAAUCAUGAAGAAGUACAUGGACUUGAAGACAAAUCCAUGUGACGACUUCUACCAGUACGCUUGCGGCAAUUGGGACCGCGUGAAUCCCAUUCCUAAGGAUAAAGCAGGCCUGGAUACGUUCGAGAUGCUGCGAGAAAGUCUGGAUAGUGUCCUGAAGAAUUUACUAUUGGAGACGAGUGACGGCAGUUUACUGGAGAUAGAAAACUCAUUGGCGACCACUGUGAAUCCACUAGAAACUGAACACCUCCGUAGAGUGAGAAAGCGCAUCAUCGCUAAGCGGGCAGCGUUAGACAAGCUUAUCCAGAAAGCUCAAAUCAGGAGAAAUAAACGAGAGCUGGUCUCGCACGUAGCGCUGGAGAACGCCGUAGAAAACGCCGAAACCAAAGCGCGACAUCUCUUCAUUUCUUGCAUGAACUACUCGCUCAUCGAGCAACGAGGACUUCAGCCACUGUUCAAACUGAUCGAUUCCCUGGGUGGCUGGCCCGUGCUGAAUCCCGACUGGGACGAAGACAACUUUGAUUGGCUCAACCUAACAGCAGAAAUUCGCAAGUUCAACAACGACAUCCUGAUCGUGGAGUGGGUCGGCCCCGAUAUCAAAAACUCCGACGAGAACAUCAUCCAGUUUGACCAGACAUCGCUCGGUUUGCCAACGCGUGACUACUUCCUGCAACCUUCCAACAAGAAAUACCUGGACGGGUACAAACAGUUCAUGAUCGAUGUAAUCCAGCUGCUCGGAGUUCAUGCGGAGGUUGCCAAGGUUGCUGCCGACGAGAUGGUCGAUUUUGAAAUACAGCUGGCGAAUAUCACCAGCUCCGUUGAGGAGCGCAACAAUGUCUCCGUUCUGUACCGAAAAGUUAUCCUGGAAAACCUCCACGAGGAAAUUCCGGAAAUCGACUGGACUCGGUAUCUCUCUAUUGUGAUGGAAAAGCCCAUCAACAGCUCAGAAUUUGUUGUAAUGUUCGCCGUAAACUACAUGAAGGACCUGGUGCAACUGAUCAACGAAACCGAACCCCGCACUGUCGCUAACUACAUCCUUUGGAGGUUCGUCAGGCACCGCAUCAACAACCUGGACGACCGCUUUCUCCAAGCCAAGCAGAAGUUCUCCAACGUUCUUUUCGGACGCGAAAAAAACCCUCCCAGGUGGAAGAACUGCGUCAACCAGGUCAACGCCAACAUGGGAAUGGCGGUCGGCGCCAUGUUCGUGCGCAAAUACUUCGACGAAAACAGCAAGCGUGACACGCUGGCAAUGACUCACGAACUGCAGGAAGCCUUCCGCGAGAUACUCAACGAGACCGAGUGGCUGGAUUCACCCACCAAACACCUGGCGGAAAUGAAGGUCAACGCGAUGUCCCUCAGAAUCGGAUAUCCCGACUUCAUCCUCUCCCACAAAGACCUCAAUGAGAAAUACGCCGAUUUGGAGAUCCACCCGGAGAAAUAUUUCGAAAACACCCUGAACGUCCUCAGCCACAUUCGACGCAGCGAUCAGAACAAGAUCGGACAAACCGUUAACAAAACCGCCUGGCAUACGGCCCCAGCCGUCGUCAACGCGUACUACAGUCGCAACAAGAACCAGAUCAUGUUCCCGGCCGGAAUUCUGCAGCCCCCGUUCUACCAUCGUUAUUUCCCCAAGUCCAUGAACUACGGUGGCAUCGGGGUGGUCAUCGGUCACGAGUUAACGCACGGCUUCGACGACAAGGGACGCCUCUUUGAUCGCGAUGGAAACCUGUAUCGCUGGUGGAGCGAUCACGCCAUCGAAGCCUUCCACGAACGGGCCACCUGCCUGGUCCAGCAGUACGGUAAGUACACCAUCGAUGAGAUCGGAGUUCAAAUCGACGGCGAGAACACCCAAGGAGAAAACAUUGCCGACAACGGCGGGAUCAAACAGGCCUUCCGGGCCUACACCAAGUGGCUCUCGGAACAAACCGAUCCGCACGUGCUGGAGCAGGAAACCCUCCCGGAGUUGAACGUCACCAGCAGCCAGCUGUUCUUCCUGAACUUCGCCCAGGUGUGGUGCGGAGCGAUGCGACCGGAAGCCACCCGGAAUAAGCUGAAAACGGCCGUGCACAGCCCAGGGAGGUUUCGAGUGAUCGGAACGCUGUCCAAUUCGGAGGAUUUUGCCCGGGAGUACGGCUGCCCGGUGGGAAGCGCUAUGAACCCGUCCGACAAGUGCAGCGUUUGGUGAUGUCAACCGGCGACGACCUACCAGGGCAGAAUAGCACUUGAACCCGUUUCCAGUGAAAGUCAUUCCACUUUUAAAUGUAACCAAAUAAACGAUACUACUAGCUUUA